AUGUUGGAAACCGUGACCUGGAAUUCCUUAAGUCCGUUCGAAGGAGUACGACGCAAUAUUGCACAAGAUCGGGACUCAAGACUGAUUCGCUAUGACAACGUUACUGGCCAGUAUGUCCAAGAUCAAUUAAAGGAGCCCCAAUUUAAAGGGGCAAAUAUUGGCGACCUGAUGCACAAUGCGGCUAUUCAGCAGGCCGUGAAGAAGGAUCAGAUGCGGGCGCAGGCACCAUGCAUUUCACAGUGGAAGACCUCUGAACCUUUUAUGAAGCCUUCAGAAGUCUGUCAAGACGUACAGGGAUACUGUCAAGCCGAAAAGACAGCCGCACAGCCAUGUCGUCCUCAAGCCAAACCCACAGUUCCUUUCCCACCAGACCAAUGUCACAUAGCGCAUGGAAUGCACUUUCAGAAGGAAAAGAGGCCUUAG